AUGUCUACUUAUAAUUUGAAUGGAAAAUUUGCUAUAGUGACUGGUGCUGGCUCAGGGAUUGGUCACGCAGUGGCCAGCAUGCUGCUCGAGGCAGGAUCGUCUGUUAUUCUGGCCGACCUGAAAAUGCGCCCAGAGGCCGCAUCGAAGGUUGCCACAUACCCUCAUCCUGCGGUCACACCCGGAGCUUCGACUGCAGUAUUCCACAAAACAGAUGUGGCCGACUGGGCUCAACUUAGUGCCUUGUGGGAGUUCGCUCUGAACACAUUCGGGCGGAUCGAUAUUGUCGCCAAUAUAGCUGGCAUAUAUGAAUCGCCAUUCAGCUCCUUCUGGAAACCUCCCGGUCUCUCGCCCGAGUCUGCGGAUCCCAUCAACGCGGCCCCCGGUCAAUACCAGAUUUUUGCCAUCAAUCAAGCGGCGCCCAUUCGACUGUCCCAGAUUGCCGUGGAUUACUGGACUCAAAAUCCGGGCGUGAAGGGUAAUCUUCUGUGUGUGGCAAGUAUGGCCGGCUAUCUCCAUGCAAUCGAUACGCCCUUAUACAUGGCCAGCAAAGCGGCGAUUGUCAGCUUUGUCAGAUGCUUGGGCGAUCUCCAAGGCUUAUUUGGGAUCCGAGUUUCCGCUGUGUGCCCCGGGGCCGUGUUUACCCCUAUGUUCGAGCCCGAGUGGAAUAGAAAGUUGACAGUGGAUGACGUAUCGUUAUCUGCCUUUGAAUGCGCUGCAGUCAUCUUGCGGGUCCUUCAGGAGCCACAAUGGGGUGGUGGCAGUAUUGUUGAGACGCAGAUGGUUGGCACAAAAGCGGCUCCGGAGAUUGCUGUUCGCGACGUGCCACUAACAGCACUGUAUCCCACUGGCAGUCUUGCUCGUCCGAAUAAAAAUUACAUUGAGCAUAAGCGACGGUUUAUAGCAGAGCUCCAGAAUAGAGGUAUGCGAACCUGA